CUUCCACUGACUUCUUUUAUAAGGCUUGGGGUGGGGGCUAACCUGGCCCAAUCCAGGGAUGCCAAGCAAAAGGGAGGGACAGAGGGGGUCAUAAGACCCCGUUGCCAGGAGAUGCCCCUUGUCAUAAUCCAUUCAGGAUCCUCAGCAGCUGCCAGGCCAGGGGACAGGAGACCCAGCCGGGCUAGUGCCAUGUCUGACUUCUUUGUUUGGUUCUGUGAUCGCGGAUCCUGCCAGAACGCUGCCCACCCACCCAAGACCCUGCCCGCCGAGGGGGGCAUCAUGAAGGCGUCAACCUCUGUUCCUCUUAGGUUGCCGACAGGCAAGAAGCAGGCUGUAAAUAAGCCACCGGCCCUGGAAGGCUCUAAAGAUCCCAAGCCACUCACCAAAGCCCCCCAAAGCAGGUUGCCCCCCACUCACAAAGAGGCCCCCUUGAAGAAGGACGCUGGCAAGUCCACAGAGCAUCCAAAUUUAGUCGGGAAGAAGCUAUGUUGGACAGAGGACAAUGAAGCAAAACCGGUGGCUUCUCCACAAGGCAAUGCCAAGCAGAAAACCAGCAGGGCCUUGGUGGGCCCGGCCCAAACUUCGGAGGGACACGGCCCACAAACCUUGAGUGUUACUGAGAAGCAGCUGUCAAGACCUCCCAACGCCACGAUGAGAGGAGCACGAAGUGGUCUCCUCCACGCGCCACAUGUGAACGCCAAGGGAGACCAGCCGGGGAUGCCCACCAAGGCAGCCUCUGGGGCGGUCAAGACGGGUAACGCGGCGGCGUUGACAAAAAGCAAAAAACUACACAAUCAGGUUUUGGUUUCCAAAGGUCGUGGCUGUACAGUAGCACAUGGUAACAUGGACCACAAGAAGAACUCGAUUCCUAAAAUCAUCAAAGCAAAGCUUUCCAAUCUGGUUGAUCUGGAACUCGGGGACUUGAUAGAAAUCUUCCGCUUGGCUUACCAGCAUUGGGCGAUCUACGUGGGGAAUGGUUAUGUGAUCCAUCUCGCUCCGCCAAGUGAACUUGCCGGAGCUGGUUGCGCCAGCCUCAUGUCCACCCUCACCAACAAGGCCUGGGUGAAGAAGGAACGGCUCUUGGAAGUGGUGGGCCACGACCGAUACCGGGUCAACAACAAACACGAUUCCAAAUAUACCCCACUGCCUGUCAACAAGAUUAUCCAGCUGGCUGAAGAGAAGGUGGGCCAAGAACUGGAUUAUAAAAUCACCAGUGAGAAUUGUGAGCACUUCGUCACCGAACUGCGCUACGGCGUGGCCAGGAGCGAUCAAGUCCGAGAUUUCUUUGUGGGGGCGACCAUCGCAGGCUUGGCUGGCUUGUUCGUUGGUGUCGGCACAGCCAUGGUUAGGAGGAAAAAGCAGCAGAACCAAUAAUGAGGAAAAAGCAGAUUUCUCAGAGCUCCCCGUCUCCCUGGCGUUUGUGUGUGUGUGCUAAGUUUCUAAAAAGUUGAGAUACGAUCACCGUGAGAGAGAGAAAAAAAAAAAAUAACAAAGUGAUUUGCAGCUGUCUCUUCAAAUCCCAUCUUCUCCUUAACGCCCAGGUGGGAGUCUAAUGUCCAUAGCUAUGUUCAGGUCACAGAUGGUCUGAGUAACUAACUCUUCACUUAAUCCAGGGUAAAUGGAUUUUGCCUUCCUCCAGGAAAGGCUGACAUUAACAAACUUGGAUUAGAUUAAAGGUUUGCAACUGGCCUCCCCAGAUUCUGGGCUAAAAUUCAAGACAGAUGGUAGAUGUAGCGACGGUUUGAAGGUCAAAGGAAUUAUUAGGCAGAGCCAGUUAAUAAUCUGAUUUCAUUUCAAUGUGCAAUACCGUGUUUUAUUUUCAUGGAAUUAACUGGCACCCUGUUUUCCACUAUGCUUCUGCUUUACCUUUUAAAAAAUAACAGUUUAGCAUCCAAUUCUGGAGAAUUAAAGUUUUGGGAUGGACCAGAUGUGUUUUUUUAGCUUCAGGACGUCGGUCCUGGCCAAGAGAGCUGUAGAUAAUACAAGUAGUUGUUUAGUGACCGUUUGAAGUUACAACAGCACUGAAAAAAAGUCACCCAGGACUCUUUUUCACACUUAAUGACCGUUGCAGCAUCCCCUCCCCCCCCAUGGUCACGUGAUUGAAAUUCAGACGCUUGGCAACGGAUUCAUAUUUAUGACGGUUGCAGUGUCCCCUUGUCACGUGAUCCCGUUUUGCGACCUUCUGACGAGAAAAGUCAACAGGGAAGCCAGAAUCGCUUAACAACCGUGUGGCUAGCUUAACAGCUGCAGCGAUUCGCUUAACAACUCUGGCAAGGAAGGUCGUAAAAUGGGGCAACACUCACUUCACUGGUGUCUCACUUAACAACGGAAAUUUGGGGCUCAACUCUGGUUGUUAAGUCGGGGACUGCCCUGUACUAUAUAGAGAUCCUUUGAGAUAUGAAUAUCCUCCAAAUAUAUUACAAAUGCAUUUCAAACUCUUUCAGGCCGCAGAAGCUGUUAGUUAAUUUAAAUAUAUAUAUAUAUAUCCUUGAAUUUCUGAUCUAGAGGCAAAUCUGUUGUGAUGGGAAAUCUAUUGUGUCUGAAUUGAAACCUACCAAAUUUUCAUGGACCUCCUUUGAGGGUUUCACAGAACAGUUUGAAACAAACCAUCAUUGGGUUACAAUUUCCCUUCUUCAACAGAUUUUUCCUGACAUGGCACUUGAAAGGGGGUUUCUUCUAUCCCCCAUGUGAGCCCUCUCUAUAACUGCAGUUUCCAAUGUUUGUACGAAACUUUUAGCACCAUACUUCCCCGUCCCCACGAAGGCACGAGGCGAACAAAGCCUUGGCAGAUGUUAUUUCCAGUGAAAUUAGUGGCAGAAUUAUUUUUUCCACCGUUAUUAGUUAUUUAGCCCCGGAGAACUGUUACUCGUGAGGCUGAUGUACGCCUUUUGAAUAAAUUUAAAUGCAAAUGUAUAUUUAAUUUAAAUAUAAUUAUAUUUAACAUCAAUUUAGUAAAUAAAUAAAGCUUGCUUGAUUUUUUUCCA